GUUGAACGUUGUCGCUUAUGUAGGCGUGCACUUAUGUAGGAAUGCACUAAGUUGAGACUCAGUACUUCUUCUACUGCGUCGCGCGUCUUCUUUUGAAGUAGAUAUUUCACAUCGUGUUAACUUCUUCUAAAUCUGUGUUGCCGUGCUUUUAACGACUGAAUAGUGAAUUUUAUAACUCGGAACACCCGACAGAUCCAUCUCAUAUCAACGGAUUCUUUUUUCUGGUCAUUUGUAAUUCAAAAAAUACAAGGAUGAUGCGACACUCAUCUGUUUUACUGAUGAUAUUGAUUGCAUAUUUAGCACAUUCUUUUGGUCGAGUUAUGAUCCCUUAUGAAAAUAAUACUGCUCUGUAUUACUCCACAAAAGAAAACAUCUCUAUUACUUGUAUUGGUACAAACGAUGACAAAGUCACAUGGAUGCAUGAUAAUACAUUGGAAGGUAAUUACACGAUAGAUGCGCAGACCCCACACAGAAAAGUCCUUGAAAUAAAAAACGCUACACUUUUUAAUGCUGGGAUAUACUACUGUGUUUCAACAAAGAACAGCAACGAGUUCAUGAGGAUGUAUAUCUUACCUGAUGAAUCCAGUAUCAGAGAUUACAAUUACAGAAAAUUUACGUAACUUCAAUUAUUUCAAACCCAGGGGAAAUUCAAGUUUGAACAAAUAUAUAAGGCGAAACUCUGUUUUUUUUCUUCAAAAUUCUGUGAUUUACCUAUUGCAAUAUUUCUAAUUUUUUUCUCUUCAUUAUUUAUUCAUAACGAAUCCGAAUGCUUUGAAACUCAGAAUCAUAAAACACAAUGAAAUAUUUUUCCAACUUUGCUGGAUCAUUUUUUCACGAGAUUUGAUUCAAUAAGAUUAAAAAUACCCAUUACGUUCAUUCAUUAGAUAUCCUUGCAUGGCUCAGUUUUUGUGUUUGUAUUAAUUUAUUCAUUGAUCUUAUUCUCAUGAAAAAGUUACCCAAAAAUUUGUAUCAACAUUUUUUUUUUAUGUAUCGACGUGUAAUUUCGCUGUAAUAGCGUUUCUUAUAUUAUUAACCCUUUCGGCUAUGAGACAAACUGACGGAUAAAAUUUGAAGUGCUUUAAACUGAGUGAGGUCGGUUGCUGCCUAGAACUCAAAAUUUGCUGGAAAUCGCACAUUCAGAAAGUACUUAUGUCACAAAUGGCAAUAAACCUUAAAUUGACUAUUUUUCGAUUUAUGACACCGAGUAGCAUUAUAAAUCAAAAUCAAGCCUUCUGAGGCAUCUGAUAUUUCAAGAUGAAAAUAUUGAUAACGAGCAUUUUUGAAAAUAGAAAAAAAGAUGAGCUAAAAUAAAAUAAGUUUGUGUACAAAAAUAAAUUUUUGAAGAAAAACAAGGCAUGCGACUUCAGAUGGUUAUUCAAACUGCAAAUGUUUGAAGGUGAUUGCUUGUGGGAGGAUUAAAAUUGAUGGAAAAAUCUUUGUGUUAUUAGAGAGCAUUUUUUGAAAUGUUGAAAACUCGUGUCACAAUUCAACCUGAAAAGUAUGACAUCACUUUCAUUUUCUGACACAUACAUCUCUCUUGAGGUGAUUUGCUUGGGUGAGUAAGUUACCUCAGAAGAUGACUAGGUGAACUUUUGCGAGCAUUUGAAUUUUAUGAUAGAUACUGUGUCAUAAUACAGCCCUCAAUCUGUUUGUCAUAAGGAGAUAAUAAAAAUAAAAUACGUACGUCAUGUUGUGGAAUUACUGGAAUUACUUUUUAGAAGUCAUCUUACAAAUAAUGAAUUGAUUGAGCGCAGUCUUUAUGACACAGUAUUCAUCAUAAAAUUCAAAUGCUUGCAAAAGUUUACCCAGUCAUCUUCUGAGGCAACUUACUCACCCAAGCAAAUUAACUCAAGAGAGAUGUAUGUGUCAGAAGAUGAAAAUGAUACAUAUUUUUCAGAAUUUCAUUGAAAAUUAGCGUUGAAUUGUGACAUGGGUUUUCAAAAUUUUGAAAAAUGCUCUCUAUAACACAAAGAUUUUUCCAUCAAUUUUAAUCUUUCCACAAGCAAACACCCUCAAACAUUUGCAGUUUGAAUAACUAUCUGAAGUCGCAUGCCUUUUUUUCUUCAAUAAUUUCGUUUUUUUACUCGAACUAAUUUUAUUUUAGUUCAUCUUUUUUUCUAUUUUCAAAAAUGCUUGUUACCAAUACUUUCGUCUUGGAAUAUCAGAUGCCUUAGAAGACUUGAUCUUGAUUUAUAAUGCUAUUCGGUGUCAUGAAUCGAAAAAUAGUCAAUUUAAGGUUUAUUGCCAUUUGUGACAUGAAUACUUUCUGAAUGUGCGAUUUACAGCAAAUUUUGAGUUCUAGGCAGCAACCGACCUCACUCAGUUUAAAGCACUUCGAAUUUUAUCCGUCAAUUUGUCUCGUAGCCGAAAGGGUUAAUGGUCUAUUUAUUUGGAAAUUAAAUGUUUAUUACGAAAUAUGUAGGUACGCAAAUAGGUAAUAGCCAAAAAAUUUCAUAAAUGUGUUUAGAAAAUUUGAGAUAACAUUUUACCUGUUACCUGACCUGUUACCUGUUACCUGUUGUUUAUUAAAAACUAUAAAUUAAUAUAUUCGUACAAAUCAUGUU